UAUUAGAGUACCAAGCUACCUUGGUUGUAUUACUGAAAUGACUAAUGCAACAAAUUAUACUGUGCCCUAUGAAUAUUACCUGGAUUACUUUGAUCUACCUCCAGUUGAUGCAAGUAAUUUGAAAGCCAACAGAUAUUCAAUUGUCAUAGGCUUUUGGAUUGGACUUGUUUCUUUUGUGGCAUUUCUCUUCUUCAUUUUGUUCUACAUGUCUCGAUCUGGUAGAACAUCCAUGAAGACUGGAGGAUCCAAGAAGUUUCCAUGGAAUUAUUCAGAAACUAUUCAUCAAAAUCUUGUUAAUAAUGACACUGUACGAACAUCUAUAGAUAACCAAGGAGAAGAAAUUGAAGGGCUAUGUUCAAAUAAUAGGUUACCAUGUUACCAUAUGGAUAAUUCAGUGUAAAAUCUUCUCACAAGUGAAAUAUGAAGCCUGCUACAUAUUAAAAUAGUACAAUGUGCUAGGAGGAAUACCUUUGUAAAAAACAUUUAAUCAUUCUUUUUAAAAAAAUACUUUGGCUUUUUUGUUAUAUAAUAAUCAUUGUAGUAUCUAAUACAAAAGGGUAGAUUUAACAGAAAAUAAAUAUGAAAUCCACAAUUUAAUUUCUAAAAAAAUAUCAAAUGAUUUAUACAUAGAUUAGACAAAAUGUUGUUAACUUUACAUAUACAGUUUAGUGCCUCAAAAUCAUGCUUCAAAUCAUUUAGGAAAUUGAACAAAACCAAAAUCAGAUGCUCUACUCUACUGAAUUACUACUGGAAAUAUUACAUUACUUGUAUUUUUACAUGAUAUACAAUUGUUGUAAAAAAAA